AUGAUUAUUCAAUAUAAACUGGCAAUACUGACACUGGUACUGGGAUUUCAUCAGCAAGGCCAUGCGAUCAUUGGAGGUCAUGAGGCUGUGCCUCACAGUAGACCUUAUAUGGUGUUCUUGGAGCGCCACAUGUCAGGUGGGCAUAUAUAUUGUUGUUCUGGCUUCCUUCUCAAAAACUUUUGUUUUUUGUUUUAGGUCCUACAAAUUUUUCUGGGACUUCAUGAUUAUCAUGAUCAGAAUGGUGUGCAGCACAUGAUGGUGCCUGGGAGAAAUGCAUUUCCAAUGAAAGACUAUGAUCCAGAUGAUUUUAGUAAUCUCUCUCUCUUCCUUAAGUUGAGCACCAAGGCAGAGUUCAACGACAAAGUGAAACCCACUGCUCUCGUGGACCGUGAUGAUAGAUCUCUGCCAAAAUCAUGUGUCAUUUCUGGUUGGGGAACAACAGAAAACAGUAGACACAUGUCUGUCAAACUCCUGGAAGUAAAUGUGACCCUGACUGACAAUGAGCUGUGUGCUAACGUAAACAUGUACUGCUCUGAGAGUAAGAGAGAACCUGGUCUGGGAGAUGAUGGUGGUCCGUUAGUCUGUGAAGAUGGAAAGGCGUAUGGGGUGAUAUCUGCCAGUGCAUCAAAUCCAGAUGGCUCAACAAUCCAUAGUUAUACUAAGAUACUUGACUACCAGGAACAUCAUAUGUGUGUUAGAGACACUGAUUAG